GCACCUGCUAUACCAAAUAUGAUGGCUCUUGAAAAUGCAAAUGCUGGAGAUUUUGAUGAUGCUGUCAAAGUCGAAAUUAUAAAAGGUAAGAUGGCAGGAAAAUAUGCACCGGUACCACUUCAAAAUAAUUUUGUAAAUCCGGCAGUUAAUAUUGAUAGUCCAGAUACUUUAAAAGCAUGGUUAGAUGAAAAAUAUCAACGAGAAAACAUUGGAACUAAGAAUUCAGCUAUUCAGAAAUUGAGCCAAGAAAGAUUUCAACCCUAUGAUACACCAGAUACAUAUGAAGCCAGAAUCCGUCCACUAAUAUUAGACAUAGCAAAUAAUGAUGCAUAUGUCUUAGGAACUCUUAAAACUCAUUUAUCGAGGGAUCGUGAGCUUUACACUCAUCCAAAGAAAAAAGUACCAGCAAAGCAAAAUGAAAGUAUUAUAUCACAAUCUGUAUUCCCCUCAUAUGAUGAAAUGCAAAAAUCUUUUCAAGCUAUGUUUGAUAAACGAGAUGCUGAACAAAAGGCUGAUAUAGCAAAGCGGGAUGCAUCACACAAAGCCGAGAUUGAAAAAUUGAAAACUGAAUUCGAAUCAAAAAUAAGCCAGCAAUCCAAAAAAUCUCAUCCUCCAGUUCUACCCAAAGAUUAUGAACAAAUACAUGAAUUUUAUGCAGAUCAGGGAGAUCCUAGAUGGUCAAAUCUUUCUAAAGAGGAAGCACUACAAUA